AUGGAGGUUGGACUGACAAUACAACGCGACGGACAAUCUGAUUACGCGAUGAUUUGCGAGAAAGUCAUCGCUAGGAAAAAUCCCGCAAUGAUACUCUGCGUUUUGGCCAAAAACUCCGUAGAGAGGUACGGUGCUAUUAAGAAGAAGUGCAUAGUAGACCGCGGGGUGCCGUCGCAGGUUGUGUGCGCGCGCAACAUGACCUCCAAGUCCGCUAUGUCUGUUGCUGCAAAAGUCGCUAUUCAGAUCAAUUGCAAGCUGGGCGGCGCGCCGUGGACGGUGGAGGUGCCGCUGAACGCGCUGAUGGUGAUCGGGUACGACGUGUGCCACGACACGAUGCUGAAGCAGCGCAGCUACGGCGCUUUCGUGGCGACGCUGGACCGCCAGAUGACGCAGUUUUACUCCGCGGUCAACGCGCACACCUCGGGCGAGGAGCUUAGCUCGCACAUGAGCUUCAACAUCGCCUCCGCCCUAAGAAAGUUUAGAGAAAAGAAUGCCGGUUGGCCAACCGGCGUGACCUGCCCCGCUAAGCCGGCCGGCAUGGUUCCUCUUGGCUUCACCGCGGUCCGGAGACCCUCGACGUACCGCGGCUACUGA